AUGGUUCAUGUGAUUGAUCUCGACGCUUCAGAGCCUGCUCAGUGGCUUGCUUUGAUUCAAGCGUUUAACUCCAGGCCUGAAGGUCCACCGCAUUUGAGAAUCACUGGUGUUCAUCUCCACAAGGAAGUGCUUGAUCAAAUGGCUCAUAGACUCAUCGAGGAAGCAGAGAAGCUCGAUAUCCCGUUUCAGUUUAAUCCCGUCGUGAGUAGUUUAGACUGUUUAAACGUGGAUCAGCUGCGUGUUAAGACAGGAGAGGCCUUAGCCGUCAGUUCGGUUCUUCAGUUGCAUACCUUCUUGGCCUCUGACUCUGAUAUGAGCAACAACAAUGGACACAGCCUGAGUGGUGACUCGGCCUCAUCUUUGCCUCUUUCUAAUUCAGGAAAGAUCGAUAGAUUCCUCAAUGCUAUUUGGGGUUUAUCUCCAAAGAUCAUGGUGGUCACUGAGCAACACUCAGACCACAACGGCUCCACACUGAUGGAGAGACUAUUGGAAUCACUCUACUCGUACGCAGCAUUGUUUGAUUGCUUGGAAAAUAAAAUUCCAAGAACAUCUCAAGAUAGGAUCAAAGUGGAGAAGAUGCUUUUUGGAGAGGAGAUCAAGAACAUCAUAGCGUGUGAGGGAUCUGAGAGAAGAGAAAGACAUGAGAAGCUUGAGAAAUGGAGCCAGAGGAUUGAUUUGGCUGGUUUUGGGAAUGUUCCGCUUAGCUAUUAUGUCAUGUUGCAGGCUAGGAGGUAGCUUCAAGGCUAUGGUUUUUAUGGGUAUAUGAUCAAAGAAGAGAGCGGGUGUGCAGUGAUUUGUUGGCAAGAUCGACCUCUGUACUCAGUAUCUGCUUGGAGAUGCAGUAAGUGAAAGAAGAUGAAUGAUAUGAACACUUGUGUGUUCUCUUUUUUUUAUGAGAGCAGGGUCCCUUUCUUUUGUUAUACAUAGGGACACAAUCUUAGUUGUUUUGUGAUUGUGACAAAUGCUUCUUGCUGCUUCUGCAUAUAUUGCUUCUUUGAGUAUUCAGCAGUGUAUGUGUUUGUUUUUCCUCCUACUAGGAUAAAGGAUGCUAUUGAAGCGGCCAAUCCCAUGCAUAUUGUCUGUACAUCGGGUUCAAAUUAUACCAAAACCGGUCUGUUCAAAUUCUUCAGUCAUGAUCUCAAAACUCAAAACUGUUGCAAAAAGUAAAUUUGACUUUCUCUCAGCAUAUGAUUCUGUUGUUAGUGUAUAUUAAAAACUAAUUUGGUGUAUGUUUGGAUAAAAAUGAGGGCACAUGCACUCUCCAAAGAAUGUUUGAUGUUAUAUAAUACAAAAAAGGAGUAGUGUUUACAUAUUUACUCAUAUCCAACCGUCUUUUGAAAUGCUUCUAUGGCCAAAAAAUGAAAACCAGGGAGAAGCAGCUUGAGAUACUAAUGACUAACUAAACAUCAGAGUUAGCUAUUAGAGAACCAUAUAUACAAAAGACGGUUGCAUCCUUCUUAUGUCUUCGCGCUAAUAGAAAGCUCAGUCCCUAACCACCCAGUCAAUCAGUUUGAAAACCAAAGCUACAUUUGAAAGAGGAACUUCAUGUUUCCUGUGAUUUCUUUCACGCCAGAUGCAGUUGAUUGUUUAGAAGGCACAUUAGUGUUUAAUGUUUUUCAAUACCACUAUAUUCCUGUAAAAAGAACUACAGUUCAUGCAGGGGCGGACCCACGCAUGGAGUAGGUGUGGCACGUGCGGCAUACUAAGUUAUAUAUAAUUCUUUGCAACUAAACGACAGAACUGUGCAGCUCUUGUGGUCUUUUAAGCUGAGGUGUGCCCCAUGCCAUCCAAGUUCGAACAUUUUGGUUGCGUGUUUGUUUUUUCAAAUUCUCUACACUUCAUUAAUUACUUUUCCAUAAGUUAUUUUCUCUUUUUUUAUUAUUGUCUAAAACUAUUGUUUUUAUAACUGUUUUAUUUCCUUUUCUUUAAUAUUAGAUUUUCCAAAUUAUUAAAAUUCAACUUAAACAAUUUUUUUUUUAUUUCAAUACUUGAGAUUAAAAUUAAACUAAAAUGAAUGAAUAUUUUUAUAAUGAACUUACUUUGUGCAUAUAUAAUUUUAUGAUAUUACUGAAAAUGGAUAUUUAAAAUUCGGAAAAUUAUCUUCUUUUAAUAAAUACAUGUUUUAGAAAAUUAAGGACUAAUGCCUUUUGAAAAUAUAUAUUAAUUUAAUUUAUUAAAUUAUAAAAUAAUAUAUAAUAUAUAUUUAUAUAUUGUGCCCCAUAUUAAACUAUUUUCUAGGUCCGCCCCUAAGUUCUUAUUACAUAAAUAUUUUUAAUUCCAUUCAUUUAAUUCCUUUAACUUACAUUAUUCUAUUUGUUUUUAGGGGAAAUUGCCAAAUAUGAUCUAUAACUUAAUUUUAAACAUAAAGAUAUACCCCAACUUGAAUCAAAUGAAAACUCACCCAAAAGGCUAGUAAAAUUACAAGUCUUUAUGACCAAAAAAAAAAACAGAAUCUACUUUUACGAAUAUAAUCCGUGGAAGUCUUCUGGAGGCUUUGUAAGUCUUCUGGGAUAAGACUUUCAGUAUUGUAGAUCUUAAAAAUAAUUUAUAAAUUUUAUUAAAAAUAUUUUGAUGGGGGAAAAAUUGCAAUCAUGUAAUUAUAAACAUAUGUAAAUGAUAUAAAUUAAGAUAUAGUAAAAUUGAAAAAAAUUCAACACAUAUGAGUUAAUGUAGUGAGUCAUAAUAUUCUUUGGUAUAUGUUUGGUAACAUAUAUUGUAGUAUUGUUUGUAUUUUUAGGGUUAGAUUUUGGAAGCUUAACAUGUUUUGGAAAAUUAAAAUUUGACCUAUAUGUGUUUAGUUUCGUGUAUAUUAAACACUUUCAAGUUUAUUUUAAGUUUAGUGAAGUGUUUUGUUUUCUAUUUAGUUAGUUAUUUAAGUUUAUGAUAUAAAUUUAAGGUCUAGAAGACUUUCUGGAAGUCUUUUGGGCGAGAAAUAUAUUUAGAGGUAGAAGAUUUUUAGGAAGUCGUCUACUAGAAGACUUCCAUGAAAGUCUUCUGAAUCGAAAAUAUUUAAUUUAAAUGAAUUUUUUUGUCUCCAUACAUAAAUAAAAUGUACACAUUCUCUCUUUUCAUCUCAAAUGGCUGCAACAAAAAUGUAAUGAUUCUCAAUAAAAUUCUCGAACCUCUCUCUAAUCUCUUUGAACUUGAAAACAUCAAACUUUAUAUGAAUUUUUCAUUUUUUGUCUCAUAUCACUAAUUUAUCUUGUUUUUCAAGUUUUUUUAUUAUAUAGUUCUCAUCUUUCCACUCCUUUAAAAGUAGAUUUAUAAAUGUUGGAUAUUUAUUUUUGUCUUCUAUAAAGAUAGAUCUAUCUAGCUUUCCAUUCAUUUUCUCUGUUUUGAAGUCAUUUGAACGUUUUUGGAUAUGCAAGUUUUUCAUAUCUUAAUCAGAUUUUGGAAGUCUUCUAAAAUAUAUGCCAUAGAAGAGUUCCUCGAAGUCUUCUAACAGAGUCUUCUAAAGAAUAAUUCCCUAGAAGACUUUCUGGAAGUCUUCUAAUAGAGACUUAUCCAUGUUAAGUGGAGUCCAAGCGUAUCUCUGUGGAGGAAUAAUCUCUAAUUCCAUGUGCAAUAGUUUUAUUUAUGGCAUGUUUUGAGAUUUAUGUGUGUACUAUUUUAGUUGUGAAUUCUUUUGUAAGAUUGAAAAGAUAUUAAUGAAAUUUUUAGUAAAUAUAUUCAUGUU